GGCGCCGACUAUGCGCCGAAUAUGUCCGUUUCGGCCCGUGAAGCAAACCGUCGACCACCCUUGACAACCCCCGCAUUCUCGGCGUCUACACCACGGCGCUUGAACGCGGUAGACGAGCCCGUCCGCAGAACAGAACACCAACCCCGAGCGAGAACAAACCGGUAGACACGGCCAGAAUGCCCAGCAAAGGAGUCCGCGUGUACACUUACAUUGCAGUGCCCGGGUGCUCGAUUGAGCUGUCGGUGCCCGGGCAAACGAUCAUCGUCAAUGAGCUCAACCGCUUCUCCAACGUCGACAUGGAGGUCGAGUCGCAUGCCAUCGAGAGCUUCUUGGACAAGCGGGGCCGGUUCACCUUCAAGGUGUACCAGCAUGGCAACCAGAUCACGGAACAAUGGAUUUCGGUAAAUGCAAUAACGGGCAACGCCAGCGGCGGGACCAUGGAGUCCAUCGCCAACACGCCCUCCAUCCUCCACAACAACGACUUCAUCGUCUCAUACGGCUUCUACGAGGCCGGAUCGGGACACGACCUGCUGCCGAAGCAGCACCAGUGCUACAUCACGAUCGCGCCCAACUACGCCUCCUGGAUCGGCAGCGUGGCGCCGCCGGGCUCCGACCUGGAAAACAAGCCGUUCACGCGUCUCGUGCUGCCCGCGGCCCACGACGUGGGCAUGAACAGCAUGGAGAGCACCGACGCGGUGCUGCGGCGCGUCGGCGGCGCCGUCGUCGGCACGCUCGUCGGCAACAGCCCUGUGCUCACGCAGCUCGCGGACAAGCUGUCGGGCGACGCGAUCGCGCUGAUCGCGCCCAAUAUAAUCUUCAGUCUUGCCAUCACGCAGAAAGACAGCCUGGCGACCAUGCUGCAGAUCGGGGCGCGCUACUUCGAGUUCCGCCCCGCCCAUUUACACAGCGCAGUGCGUUCGUCCGGCGCGCUGCCCGACCGGCUGUACUUCCAGCACGGCGCGAUCCCGGGCAUGGCGUACGACGCGUUCCUGCGCGACGUCGUCACCUUCCUCCGUGCCCACCCGGCCGAAAUCGUCAUGGUGCAGCUGCGGUUUGAUGGCGUGCCCGAUGCGUGCGCCCGGCCGUCGGACGAGGAGAAGAGGCAGUAUCUCGACGAGGCGCUGCGGCAGGCGCACGGUGAGCUGGUCGUCGGGAACCUGGACGAUAUGAAGCGUGCCAGCAUCGCACAGCUGCGGCGCGAGAGGAAGCGGCUGAUCAUGCUGGACGGCGUGGACAGCCUCUCAACGUACUCGGACGAGGGGAACGCCACAGUGACGGGCGACAGCAUCGUCGCGGCGCUGCCGAGGGUGCUGACGCCGGACAAUCAGCGCGGAAAGGCGUUUGUCAAUAUCCAAUGCCAGGCGACGGCGUCCAACAUCCCCAAGGCGGUAGUGUAUUCGGUUCUCGAAGCAAGCGCGACGACAAGCUGUCUGUUGGCGACGAAAGGGAUCUGUGACUCGAAGACGCUGCCUUGGUGUAGGGACAACGUCCUGAGGACGUGUGAGCUUGAUCAGCUUGUGGUCAUGAUGAACGACUGGAUAGACGGUGCCACGGCUGACGUCGCCGUCAACUUGAGCCGGGAAAGGUUGGCGAGGUGAUGAACCAAGAAUGGUCAUGUCGGUUCUUUAGUUGCUAUUUGAAGCGAAGCUUAAAGAUGAAGCUUCGUGACAGUGGUUACAGAUACAUAGUUUAUGCACUGUAGGAGUGAAGCUAUGCUUCCAGGUCCGCUUCAUUGACUCUGGCUAAUCCUCCACAUUUUUUCGAACAAGGAGCAAUUGGU